UUUUCUGUUCUUUUCUGUUCUUUUCCUUUUUUCUCCUGCCGCUGGUUUGGCGCAGAGGCGCCUGAGCUGAGAGGAGGCGGGGAGGGAGAAGUCGGAGGUGGAAAGCAACCCGCACGAAAACUUUCCCUCUAACUUCUCUUGUCCUUCGCUUUACAGCUCUGCCUGGAAAAGGCGGUCUUGGUGGUGCCGAGGGGUCUUUCCAACCCCCUGCUCUCCCACCCGCCCCGCGGCUGCUUUCCCGCUCCUCGCUUCUAAAGGGGGGAAUGCCCAGCAGAGUGCUGUGAAAAACUCUGCUCUGUGGGAGUUUCAGUUGCUGGUUGGAUGAAUAUUUAAAAAAGAAUAAAACAUAUACACACACUACUUGAAAAACUGCUAAAUAAACAAAUAAGUGUGUGGAUAAAUUGGAAAAAUAUUUCCAGCUUUUAGCAUGAUGUCUUACCUCAAACAGCCCCCCUAUGGCAUGAAUGGGCUGGGGCUAGCCGGACCGGCAAUGGAUCUUCUACACCCUUCAGUGGGGUAUCCAGCCACCCCUCGGAAGCAGCGCCGAGAACGUACCACCUUCACCCGAUCGCAGCUGGACGUGUUGGAAGCGCUUUUUGCAAAAACCCGCUAUCCAGAUAUAUUCAUGCGAGAAGAGGUUGCCCUGAAAAUCAACCUGCCGGAAUCCAGAGUCCAGGUCUGGUUCAAGAACCGCCGCGCCAAGUGCCGACAGCAGCAACAGAGCGGCAGCGGCGCCAAGAGCCGGCCGGCCAAGAAGAAGUCUUCUCCAGCACGGGAGAGCUCCGGCUCCGAAAGCAGCGGCCAGUUCACGCCUCCCGCCGUCUCCAGCUCGGCUUCCUCUUCUUCGUCCAGCUCCAAUUCUUCGGGCCCGGCGCCGGGCGGAGCGGCCUUGAGCAACCCGGCGGGCGCGGGGGGCGCAGCGUCAGGAUCGGCCUCAUCGGCUGCUUCGCUGAGCAGUGCGCCGUCGGCCGUGGCGGCCUCGUCCAUCUGGAGCCCCGCAUCCAUCUCGCCCAGCGCCGGGCCGGAGCCCCUGGCGUCCAGCGGGGCCUCCUGUAUGCAGCGCUCCGUCUCCGGCGCUUCGUCCGCCUCUUACCCCAUGUCGUACGGGCAAGGCGGCGGCUACGGCCAGGGCUACCCGGCGCCGCCACCCCCGCCGCACUCCUCGUCCUACUUCAGCGGGGUAGACUGCGGGUCCUACCUGCCCAUGCACGCGCCCCCGCACGCUCACCAGCUCAGCCCGAUAGCGCCCUCGUCCCUAGCGGGCGCCCAUCCCCACACCCACCACCCGCUCGGCCAGAGCUCCAGCCACCACCAUCAUCACCAUCACCACCAUCACCAUCAGCCUGGCUAUGGCGGCCCCGGGCUGGCCUUCAACUCCUCCGACUGCCUGGACUACAAAGAGCCGGCCCCGACCGCCGCCUCCUCCUGGAAGCUUAACUUCAACUCCCCGGACUGCCUCGACUACAAAGACCAGGCCUCCUGGCGCUUCCAAGUCCUGUGAGGUUUGCCUCGGCCCCCGGCCCCUCCCUCCUGUAGCGCCCACUUUCUUCUCGGUUCCAGUCGGGACGGGCACUUUUUCGCCUUGCAAACGCGCUCCAUCUCGGCUCGCUCGCCUCGGUCUUUGCUCUUCCGCGUGCUUGACCAGCUGGUGAAAGCGGCCUUUGAAUUUGUUUCAAGAAAGGAAAGACGCUGUGAGCGCCCGUUUGAAUAGCCGACCGCUUCCAGCCCUCUUCCCCAUCGCCGAAUCUGGGCUGAAGGCUGCUGGGUCAGACCUGCUUGCCCUUCCUGGACGUGCUGCUUCUUAUCCCGCUGAGUUGACUCCUGACGUGUUAUUUAUUCGCUCCCUGGGAUUAUGUUCAGGAUCGUAAUUUUUUUUGUUUUUGAAGCAGAAGAGGACUUUAAAUCGAGGUUCAUCUUUCUACUUCCAGCCAGUCCUUUUGCCCAGCCGGCUAGCUUUGUGACGCUCGCUCGCUCGCUCGCUCUGUGCGUGGCAAGACAGGAGAACAGGACGCGCCUUUUGCUUUCUGGCCGACAGCAGACUUCGUGUAUAGACCUUCUCACCGCCCUCCCCCAUCCCAUUCGAGGACCCCCGCACCCACCCCGCCAAGUUCCCUCUGUAGGUUUAUAUUGCAUAAAAAAAAAAAAGCGGUAGGAAUGUACAUACAGGGUUUAAACGAGAUCCAUUCCAGCGACCCUUUUUAAAGAAACAGCUGAAGGCGAACGCUGGAGGCUCUGCAGGUCGGAAGGGGGAAGGAAGGCCACCCCUUCUCCCCCAGCCUAUUGUCUUCCCUUACCCCGUUGGGGAGGGGGGAGGGGGAAAGCGAUUGCUCGGAGGAGUUGGAAAUGGGAAGCAGGGGCGACGUGCUCGGGAGAGGAGCAGGGGAGGGGCGGCAGGGGAGGGUGGGCAGCGGAAGGCGUGCUCUGCCAAUGGAAGCGAGGUGGUGGCAUAGCAUCCCGGGUUCGCCAGUGCAGCAUUGUCUAGACCCGUCUCAAAACCUGGCCGCGGGUCUCCGGACAGAUUUUUGGCCCGCUUGGUUCUUGGGGAGGGAAGGGGAAGACAGAGAGAGGACAAAAUGUAAAGUUGAUAAGUUACUCCGUUAAUCCAACAGUCACCUGUUGACAUGUAAGGCAAAUCCUACCCUUUAUCUACAUAUCCCGAUAAUAAAAAUCAAACUGACGAAA